GGGCGGUUUGAAGAUGGCGGCGGAGGGCGGCCGCGGGGUAGUGGAGCUGAGCAGCGGCGCCGGCUGCGCGGUCCCGCCGGCCGUGCUGGAAGCCGUGGCCGCGGACUGGAUGCUGGAGUUCGCUUGCUGCUGCCUUUGCCGACACUUCAGGGAAGAGUGCACGGCGGAGUUCCGGCGGUGGCGGGACGUGGCGCAGGCUCUUAUUAAUGGCCUCUCCAACAUACCUACACAUCAGAAAAAAAUGGUGUAUCUCUGUCAAGUUUUGAUAAGAAUUGGAGAAGGAAAAGAACUUGAAUGGCAUUUUAAAAACAAGGAAAGGAUUUCAGCUUUGGAAUCUGCUCUGUCUUUCUGGACUUCACUUGAAAAGGAAGAAGUUAAACUGGACAAGCUUCAUGAAGAUAUUCACCGCCUGCUUCAAAUUCAGGCUGUAGCAGUCCAUAUGGAAAAAGGAUAUUUCAAGGAGGCUGAUGAAGUUCUUGAGAGGUUGUUUACAGACUCGGAAUCAGAUAAGCCUUUAAGGGUGAAGCUGAAAACCAUCAUUAAAAGCAAGGAUCCAUACAUCCCCUUUCUCCAAAACUUCAGUUACAGUCAUUUGAUAAGCAAAAUCAAGACUUAUAUUGAAAUUUUCAUGAAAGACAAUGAAACUAACUUCUUAAUGCAGGCAGCCACCAAAGAGGUAGAGUCUAAGGGAUUGAGUGCAGCAGAAGUGCAAAACCAAAUCAUGAAUGUGAAUGAAAGCCACAAAAAUAGUCUGGAAACCAAACAGAGAUCAAUGGAAGAGAAGGAGAAUAUUACAAAUGAGUCACCUGGAGGCAUGAAAAAACCCAGAGUGAGGCCUCAUUCACAGAAACACAAAGGAAAUCAAGUUCUUGAGAGUCUGAACAACCUGCAGAAUGUGGAAAACGGAGGAGAUGCCUGUGGCCGAAAAAGACAGAGAUGGACUUGCAAAGAAGACAUGGAACUGAAAUCUGGGGUGAGAGAGUUCGGCGUGGGUAAGUGGGCUAAAAUCCUGGUCCAUGGUCACUUCAACAACCGAACCAGUGUCAUGCUCAAAGACCGGUGGAGGACACUGUGCAGGAUGGACCAAACCUAAUUUGGACUACAGGAAUCAACUCCUCUUGACCUUCCCUCCAUAAGGACCUAGUCUGCUUAGCUUUCCAGAAUAACUUUAGUCUCAGAAUGUCCAGCAGUGCUGCUGUCCUAAAACAUGAAACAGAAUAGCAGUAGCUAUGUUUAUGGAAGCUUCUUUCUUGGUGAGGAUAACUUCUCUGUGAGGCCUGACCUUUUAUCUACAGGCAGCAGAGGACUGAUUCCUGAGAUGCCACCAUGCUGCAGUGGUGGAAGAAAGGUCAGUUCUGUACAUAAGCUUAAUAGUCAAUUGUUCUGUGUUUUUUAAUAGUCAGUUAUUCUGUGUUUUUUAAAGGCUUGCAUCAAAUUGAGCUUUUCAUCAUUUUACUUGUAGUAGCAGCUACUAAAAGUUAGAAACAUUAGCCCUUGGUUAGAGAAAUACAGAAAGAAGCUUCUAGCGCUCUAAUGCAAAGAUCAGUCUUAGGGGCUCGUAUUAAGGCAGAGAGUUUCCCAGAAUGCUUCUUCCAAAGUUCCAACUCAUUUAAAAGUUCAUUUAGGCUCCAGAAAAUGCAGCAGAAGGAUGCUGGAUUCUUGGCAUGGGUAUUCAUCUUCUUAAUCUUUUUGUUGUUGCUGUCUCAAAGGCGUUUUAAACGUUUAAGUAAAAAUAAAGCUGUGCACCAGGGGGCAUGAACAGUGCUCCAGCUGCCGAAUCUUCUUCCAGGUUCCUUGGCACUGAGAGUUGCCAACUGCUUCCCAGUGUAAGAUUUUCUCUCUGAAAUGUGACAAUAAAUGAGAGGCUAAACCACUGAUGAUUCUUUUGUUUCAUUUAUGUUACUAGAUUAUGGUGUCUAACUUGUCAGAAGAUUAGAUUUGCAUGACAAUGUCAGACUUUAACUAGUUCAUCUAGCUCUUACAAUGCUUUCUGGAGCAGGCACUAUAUUCCUCAGUGUAGAAGGGAGGAUGGAGUAGCUGGGUGUACAGCUAUUUAGUAGUGUACACUUUGAUGAAUGUAUAGAUCAGAUAAAAAUCUGUUGCAAAUGCCCAAUGUCUGCUUUCAAAAUCCCUAUUCUAGAACCAGGUGUGUAGGUGAGAGCAGUGCUGAUCCACUGCGGAUCCAGUCACACUCCUUACACUGUAGCUGUGAAACAUCUUCUUGCACUACAGAAGUUACAUCAUCCCUUCACAGCUGUAAAUGCAGUAUUCAAGGCACUGAA